CAUUCUCCAUGAAAGCUGCACACACACUUGUCUGCUCAAGUCCACUCUGAAACUUGAGGACUAUAAGAAGAUAUUUGUCUGUUUCCUGCGGAUCCGAGGAUUUGAUCCAUUCCUUCUUGUAGAAGCUCUGCGUCGUGACUACAGGAUACUUUUACGCACAGUUAUUGAACACUCACAAGGACAAUGCCUCGAUCUUUCCUGGUCAAAAAGUACUUCGCGAAACAAAAGCCCAACUACAGUGAGCUGGAAUGUCAGAAUGACGCUUCACUGGACAGGUUAAUGCUUGCUGAGCUCUCAUCAGGAGACACCUCCACUGCCACCUGCUUCACAACAGGUCUGGUGUGGGACCUGAGUGUCCUGCCCGCCCUCUACCUUCCCGCCUCCCAAACAGAGCCCUCCGCCACUCCGGGCCCCCUGGACCUCAGCUCUCCCUCCAGCCUCAGCAGCAGCGCCAGCAGCUGUGGCGAGGAGGAUGAAGGACGCAGCUCAGACCCCCCUAGCCCCGAACCUGUACACACAUACGGCCCUCGCCAGCGGAUGAAAUGCACCGGUGUCAUGCCUCACAUCAGUCCCCCUGAGGAGGAGGAGGAGAGAGAGGCCCCCGUAACAGCAGCAAGACCGGCCUUCCUGUGCAAACACUGCCCAAAAGAGUACACCAGCCUUGGGGCUCUGAAGAUGCACAUCCGCUCACAUACCCUCCCCUGCGUGUGCACCACCUGUGGAAAGGCUUUCUCCAGGCCGUGGCUGCUGCGUGGCCACAUCCGCACACACACAGGUGAGCGUCCGUUCUCCUGCCCCCACUGCAACCGGGCCUUCGCUGACCGAUCCAACCUGCGGGCUCAUCUUCAGACUCACGCCGAGGUGAAGAAGUACCAGUGUGGCGUCUGCUCUCGCACCUUCAGUCGCAUGUCGCUGCUGCAGAAACACAGUUCCUCCGGGUGCUGCUCCUCCUCCACGGUGUGAGACACCACAGAGAGAGAUAGAGGGUACCCAGUCAGAACUCAGGGGCAGUGGAGGGCUAGUGUGGCCACAGAGAGGGGGGUCUACACAAGCCCUGCUGGCCUGUCGAUGGCCACAAAGAUCGUGAAGUUCUUUAAGGCACCUGGAGGGGAAUCAAGCCUCAUUAUGGAUCUGACUGUACAAGCUGUGUAGCUUCUUUGCUCUGUGAAAAAAACAAACAUCUGAGGAGCAGAUUUUUUUAACUUCCAAUCGAGGUCUUGAAGCUGGACCAAAUCUGAACUGAGCUACACUCACUUGAUAUCAUCCCCUUUGUUGCUAUUGUGCCCAUUCCAAAGACCAAAUAUGUAGUGAUCUCAUUGGGGUAAGAGGUGUUCUUUCCUGUCUCUGUCCUGGUGCCGGCCAGCUCAGGAUCAUAGCCUAGACACAGCUGCUGAGAGGUAGGGGUGCGUGGGUGGAAUAAAUCUCUCAGCGUGCCUCAAAACACACACAUACACACAGUCACACACGCACACACACAAAAGCAAAUGCACACACAGCUGUCCCUGGUACUGUGGUGUAGAUAGACGAGGUGCUAACAGGUGCUACAGCCAUGACCUUCACUGACUGAUAGCAGGUGACUUCCACUGCCCUUGGUUUGCUUAAGAAAAAAAGAGGAAGCAUGUCAUCACUAAAUAAUGGCAUCAGUUAGUCUUUUUUCACCGGCGAGGAUCGUUUUAAGCCUCUAUUUUGUCUACAUCCAAACCUCCUUUUUAUCUGAUGAUUUUCAGAGAUAGGAAAAGCCAUGCUGUCUGUUAUCCAAAGAAGCUUCACUUUGCAGCGUCGCUGCAGCGUGGACGACAAUGCAAGCCAUGCACUCAAGGUUACCACAGUGUUAAUAAUACCAGCCAAAGCCAUAUUUUGUAACUUAAAUGAAUUUGUGCCUUGAAAUUGUAUGACUUUUGAAACCAAAAAUGUGCCUUUUUUUUUUACCUCAGUUAGUAUUAGUGGAUUUAAAAUAAACAUUGAUUGCAGUAUUAGUAGAAACUAAAGCCAAACAGUUUGAAAUGUAAAGAGGCUGGGACCAAAGAUUUUUAAGGUUUACAUCAGCGAUACUCAACUUGUGGCCUAUGGUCCAUGAUAGGAUGACAUUUUCUAAUUCACAGUUGAAAAUAAACUUGAUUCACACUGGGAUUUUUUGAAUGUAUGUAAGGUGCCACAGUGCAUAAAAAUAAUAAAAACAGAGCUUGUUUAACAAAAAGGGGGAUCCCACAGACCCCCUGACCAGGGAGGACCAGGCUAAGCCCCGAAUGUCCAUAAAUCUUAGAAACACCCCAACAUACACCAGACCUAUGUGGGGCUGCUGAUAAAUAUUAUUAAUGUAUAUUUUUUAACUGUCAUUUUGCAAAAGUGGCCUCAGGGCAAAGCAAGUUGAGUAUCCCUGGUUUUCACCAUGGAGACAUGGUUGACUAAUGUGUGAUCACAACCCUAUAAAUGGACAUCAAGUACAAAGAUGAAUUUUUUACUUUCCCAAACAUUUUUAUGGCAGUGUUUUAUUGUGCAAUGUGCAGAUGAUGUGUUAUUUCAAUUUUUGUACCAUGCUUGUGUUCACUUGUAUUUCUUGUAUGUUGUAACUGAUAAAUUUCCAUUCAAUAAAGUAAUUUAUGUUUA